AUCCCACGUGACGUCACCGCGAGGUGAUGUAAUGCUUCUGUAAAUAGAUCAUAUUGUAAUCGCGUUUCACUUCAGCGUGCUUCGUCCCAGCGCGAGGAGCGUUGCUUGUUUCAGUCUGCGUGCGUUUAGGUUUUUAGAUCUCAGUGAUGAAUGUUGAUCAGGACAGGCCAUAUGUAUGCACUGCUCCUGGAUGCUCUCAGCGCUUCCAAAGAGAAGAUCACCUAAUUAUUCACAGGCACAAACAUGAGAUGACCCUUAAAUUCCCUUCUAUUAAGUGUGACAGUAUGCUUUCAGAUCAGACUCCAACUCCGACCCGUUUCUUACGGGAAUGUGAGGAAGUGGGCCUCUUUACUGACCUGGAGCUUAACCAGCCACAGGUGGAGGAGGAGAUGAAACUGAACUUUUCUGCUCAGACGUCAGGUCAGAACCAGCCUCACACUAAGACACAACCUCAGCAGAGUCAACAUCAUCAGUUUCAACCACAGCAACAGCAGCAGUGUGCUCUGGCUCAUCUCAACCAGAACCAGCUCCACACACACAGCUCACAGCCUCAGUCUCAAUGCACUGCCACAUACUCCACUUCAAAUAAACAAUCUGCACCCAGUUGUCUGCACAGCAGACAGACAAAUGCAUUGCCUGGGACAUCAGCCAUGGAUAUGGAGGCGCAGUUGUCAAUGAACUGUAGUAUGAUUGGCAUACCAGGCCCCACCCCCUCUGGCUCAUGCUCCUCCCUUCAGAGGUCAAAGGUUAUACAAGCCCACAGCCAACCUGCAGUUUCCAAUGGCAGUCAGAAUCCGCUUUGCCACAUGAUGGAGAUGAUGUCGUCACAACAGCACCCACUGUCCCAUUUACAAUCCGCAUCUCAUCAUCAUGCAUACCAGCAGCACUGCCACAGCCAAUCACCGCAAAGACUUGUACAUCCACAUCAAAGCCAAGACCAAUCACAUUACAGCCACGCUCACCAAUCUCCACCUGCUCAUUUGCAUCCUGGCUCCACCCAUCAGACAGCCCCUCCCCUUUCACAUCAGACAAUACCUACUCAGAUGUCGUCCACACCGAAACAGACCCCGUGCCCACAAUCUCCUCCACUGCUGUCCACGGGCAGACGCCGACGGACUUCAGAGGAAGACCCAGAUGAGCGCAGACAGAAGUUUCUGGAGAGAAACAGAGCUGCAGCGACGCGGUGCAGACAGAAAAGAAAGGUCUGGGUGAUGUCGUUGGAGAGGAAGGCUGAGGACCUUACACACACUAACUUACAGCUGCAGAAUGAGGUGACAUCACUCAGGACAGAAGUCUCUCAACUGAAGCAAAUUCUUCUUGCACAUAAAGACUGUCCUGUAUCUGUGAGACAGAGAGAAACGCAGAGUAAGUAUGAAUCAUUUUCUCAUUUUCUCCUGCCUACUCACACAUACCCGUGUAUAUGUUUGAAUUUCAUUAAAACCUAUGAAACAACAUGUCUGAAUCAUAUUUCACCCCAAAAUAAUAAUAAUUAUAUAUUGCUUAAAAUUAAUGCAAUUUUGGGCCACUAUGAUUUUUUACACUUUAACAAUUAUUUCCAAAGAAAAGAGUAAAUUGAAAAUAAAUAAAUUAAAUUGUUAAUUAUUCAUACAUCAUGAUAGUAUAAUCUAAAUCAAAAUAAUUGUACUACAUUCAUUAAAAAAAAAGAAGAAGGAGAAAGUGAUGAAAAUCUUUAGAGAACACCAUUAAGAAUAAGAAUGAAAUAGAAUUUUUUUUUUUUUUUUCAAAUUUGAAUUUUAACUAAAGAAUAUAAAGUCUGGACACAUUACAGUAAUACAAUGUUUUAUUAAACACAAAAGUAACAAUGAAGACUUACACACAAAACAGUGUAACUAAACAGGUACACAGUUUCUACAAAAAUAUUAGACAACACAACUGUUUUCAACAUUGAUAAUAAGAAGUAAUGUUUCUUGAGCACCAAACGAGCAUAUCUGAAUGAUUUCUGAAGAAUUAUGUGGCAGUGAAGGCUGGAGCAAUGGCAUCACAAUAAUAAUUUACAGGAUUUUAAAAUACAAAAAUGGACAAUACUUUUUUUUUUUAAACGAACGAGACUAGACAAAUAACCAGGGCAAACACAGGGGGUUAAAUACAUGGGUUAACUAGGCUGACAAGGGGAUGGAGCUAAUGAAUUGUCAUGGAAACUUAUAGGGGUAACAAUGGAAACAAACAAGGCAGGCAAAGGAACAAACAGUGAUCAAACAGUAACAGCAGUGAUCAUAACAGAGCUCCCGCCCCCUUUAAGGAUCGGAUUCCAGAUACUCUAAAACAAAAUCAAGAGUCCAGGAGAUGGAUCGGGGGAGGGCCAGAGGGCCCAGGAAGAGGGCCAGGAGACAGAGGUGGACCAGAGAGCCAAGGUGGAGCCAGAUGAGCUGGUGACCUAGGCAGAACCGGCAGAGUAGGCCAAGCAGGAGGCCAGGGCUGAGCCGGGCAGAGCAGGAGGGACCAACGAUCACCAAGGCAGAGCAGAAGACCAUUACAGAAGAGCACAUGCGACCGGAGAUCCCCACAGUGGAGCAGAAGACCAAUGCUGAGCUGAAAAUCACCAGGACAGAGCUGAAGACCCCCAGGGCAGAGCUGACAGAGCUGGGGACCACCAAGGCAGAGCUGAAGGAACUGGGGACUCCUUCAGCAAAGCAGGCAGAGCCAAUGACCACCACGGCGGAUCAGGUGGAAAAGCUGGUGCAAACACAAGACUGAGCUCUGGGGCUUGAGCGGGCUCUGGAGCAGACGCCACCACCUCGGGGGAUUCUGCAGCAGUCACCACCAACUCAGAGGAAGCGUGUAUGGCAAAGACACACAGAAAGUUACAGGAAGUGCAGCAGAUGGUGGAAGAACCUAUGAGAUUGCCAGGCUUGAGAGCACUGAGACUCAAGAGUGGCAGCCAUGUUGGGACAAGACUCAUAAGUGACGGCCGCCACACUAGCAUGUGUUGAGAAUCUUGCACUAGGAAGUGCAGUGAGUACUGGGCUUGUAACCACUAGACUUGGCACCGUAAUCCAUGGUGGAGUGUGCUCUGUGGCCAUCUGAGGUCGAGGCACAUGAAAAAAAUUGUUUAUAGGUAGGGUCCUCCUCAACUCCCACCAUGAAGGGGGAACCACUUAACAGAAGAGCAUAGUCCAUGUAUUGUUCUAUGGUAAAGUCAUUUACCCAUUUGGGAAUGAGUGAUUUUAUAGGUUUAUUAAAACCAUGGCAGUAGUCUUUCAAAAUGGCAUCUUUCCAAUUUAUAUAAUUAGCAAGGGCACAGAACUGAAGAGUGUAACAGAAUUUCCUCUGCUGGAUCCGUGUUUUGUCUCUUCUGUUAUGCUUGGUGGAAUUCAAGGAUGAAGGCAAGAAGAUUCAAAUGUAGAAAAGGUUUACUGAAGGAACUAUCAGAAACCAUGACCAGGAGGAAACCAAUACAUAACAGCCAAAAAAACAAACAAACAUACAAGACUAGACAAAGAAGAGGGCAAACACAGGGGUUUAAAUACACAAGGGGGUGGAGCUAAUGAAUUGUCAUGACAACUAAUAGGGGUAACUAUGGAAACAAAUAAGGCAGGAAAAGGAACAAGGGGAUCAUGAACUAAACACUGGAAACCCUUCGAAAUAAAAGGCCAUGAACACAAAACCGAGAAGCACAAGACAGUGAUCAUAACUGAAUAGAAAACAGUUGUUUUAAGUUUGAAUACUAUUUCAUUAUAUUACUGUUUUAUGGUAUUUUGAUCAAAUAAAUGCAGCUUUGGUGUAAAAAAAAAAAAAAAAAAAAAAAAUUUUACUAGCCCCAG